AUGUCGUUCUUCAAGGGUCUGUGGAAAAGCAGCUCUAAACACAAAAAACUAUGCGAGGAAUGGGCACUGGCGAAUAGUCGUGAAUGCGUGGAGAGUAGCGGUUCUGCGGGCACGACGCACGAGGAAUCCGAGGAUACGUCCGAAGCUCGGUUCACCCUCAAAUAUUUGGGCAGCACCCUCGUCGAGACGCCCUCGAGCGAAGAGGCGACGGCGGAAGCCAUCAAGACCGUCAUUACGAUGGCAAAAGCAAGCGGCAAGAAGCUGCAAAGAGUUUCCCUCGCAGUGAGUUUAAAGGGUAUCCGAAUGACAGACCUUGCAACGGAGGAGGAUCAGCUACAGGUAUCUAUAUACAGAAUCUCUUACUGCUCGGCGGACGCGACCCACGAUCACGUGUUCGCGUUCAUCGCGACGAAUCUGAAUGAGACGAUGGAGUGCCACGCGUUUCUCUGUCCGAAGCGAAAAAUGGCGCAGACGGUGACGCUAACGGUGGCCCAGGCCUUUAACACGGCUUACGAGGCUUGGCAGCUGUCCCAGGCCGAUCCAAGAAUUCAUCACGUUCAGGAUAAGAGCCCCUCGUUAACCGAGGACAGAAACGAGAACAACGAGAAAAAGAAGAAAGGCGAGGAUACGCGGUCCGUGGGAAAAGUUAACGAGCAAAAUAAGCAUAGCGAUCAACGAAGUACCGGUAACGAUUCUCAAAAAAAUCUUUUGAUCGAUCUGUCGAAUGACCCUAAACCUGCGGGAAACUCAUGGGUUUGCUUCGAGGACGAAUCGGGGCAAGAUGGUAAGAAGAUACAGAGGAAGAGUAGCUCCACCAAUAUUCCCAUGAUGACUUUGAGGCACACGACAACCCCGACGUCGCACCACGUUGUGCCGAGGCCAACGACAGGUUUCAAAAUGCAGAACGCCUGGGGUGAAUCCAGAUCGGUAGAUCUGAUGUGUUCGUAGCAGGCAUAGCCUUCGGCCGACAGUUUCCGAGACGUGCCGUUAAUCACUGGCCUCUGGAAGCAUCUGUCGAACAAUAGCCAACCGAAACAACUGAACCACUAGGUUAAUUAUUAUUG